UUCCUUCCUCCUCUCUCCCCUGCAUACUUCAAUCUUCCAUUGCAGAAAGCUUUCUCUCUCUACAACUAUUUCAUCUCUCUCUCCCUCUCUCUAGCAUUGUGCUAUCUCUGCCCGUUACUUUCUCUCUCUAAAGUUUGCAUUCUCUCUCCAACAUUCGUUUCUCGAAUUUGGUUUUUAGAACAAAAUGGGAUACGAAGACCAGUACAGACAGGCUCAGAGGCCAAAAUAUGACUGUCUUCUGUUUGAUUUAGAUGAUACUCUCUAUCCCCUUAGUACUGGUUUGGCAGCUGGAUGCUGCAAGAAUAUUGGAGAUUAUAUGGUUGAAAAGCUCGGCAUAGACAAGAACAAGAUACCCGAAUUGAGUAAUCUACUGUACAAGAAUUAUGGGACAACAAUGGCAGGGCUUAGGGCAAUCGGCUAUGACUUCGACUAUGAUGACUAUCACAGUUUUGUCCAUGGGAGACUACCCUAUGAGAAUCUAAAACCGGACCCUGUGCUGCGAAGUCUUUUGCUCAACUUGCCAAUUCGAAAAGUGAUCUUCACGAACGCAGACAGAGUCCAUGCUGCCAAAGUUCUAAGCAAACUCGGUCUGGAAGACUGUUUUGAGGGCAUUAUAUGCUUUGAGACUUUGAAUCCCAUUCACAAGAACACUACAUCUGAUGAUGAAGAUGACAUUGAGUUUGUGGGCUCAACACUAUCUCCUACUACCACUAAUUGUGAUCAAAUAUUUGACAUUGUUGGACAUUUUUCGCAACCUAAUCCCGGAUCAGUAUUACCAAAGACCCCAAUUGUCUGCAAACCAUCUGAACACGCCAUUGAACGAGCUCUCAAGAUCGCCAACAUUAGCCCCCAAAGAACACUAUUUUUUGAGGAUAGUGUCCGCAAUGUACAGUCUGGAAAGCGCGUAGGCCUGGAUACUGUACUGGUUGGAAAAUCACAGAGAAUCAAAGGUGCAGAUUAUGUUUUAGAAAGCAUCCACAACAUCAGGGAAGCGUUGCCAGAACUUUGGGAUGCUGACAAGGUGUCUGAAAUCAGCUACACUGGCAAGGUCACGGCCGAGACACCUGUCACAGCUUAGAUUCCAAGUCAUGUUUUACUUUUCUGGUGAGGGGAGAGAAAAAUCUUGAUGUUUAUGAUGGGGAUCUUCAUCAUCAUCAUCAUCCUCACAAGUUUCUUUCUUUUGAUUGAAUAUGAUGUAAAUGUUUAAUUUGAUGUGGUUAAUAAAAUUGGUAAUUAAUUAAAAAUCUCUCUCAA